AUGGUCCUCCCUGUUCGGAUAUGGCUACGGUUUCAAUAUUGGACUACCCUGUAUCGGAGAAAGAAUCCAUUUAGCAUACCAAACCUUACCACCACACUUCCGAUGGCAUGGAUCUCCGGUGACCUUCUCGCUGGAAUCAUUGCGAGCCGAUUUCAAAGAGCGCAUCCGGAUAUAACUUUCCAUCGCAGGAAAACGAAAGGCAAGGGGCGAGUGAAAUCACAAAACCAAGAAGAACAUGGAGACAUUGCCAGUCCUGGAAUAGAAAGAGGAAAUUUGAGCCGAAAGCCCAAUCCGCUUUCUGUAGUGCAUACGCCACGGAGUAAAAAUGCACAGAAGAAAGCUCGCCAAAAGAAGCGACACCAGACUCAGAAGCGAGAAGAGACAGCAGCAACAUAUUCCCAGCAGCAGGAGAAGCUUGAAACCUCGCUCAUGGCAAGUGGCCCAGCCAUUGAGAUUUCUCCUCUCCCUUCGCUCUUAUCCGCUGGAGGUGUUCUCAUCUCACCUGCUGUGGGGACUCCGUUCCCUAUAUCGACACCAGGCACCUCUGACCCCCCAACUACAUGUCCCCCCAGCGCACUUUCGGUAUUUCUCUCCAACAAUAUUUCAAUCGAACUUCAGGCUCGCCGUAGCAUCUACGAAGAAUUUGUAGAUCUUGAAUUAUUGAGCGACGAAAAACAAAUGGUUCAGAUGGCAGGCAUCCACGGCAAGGAGCGCAUGGCAAACUACGGCAAGGACUGCGAAUCUCAGCAACACUUCUUACGCGGAGUCAGUGCAAAAACUACGAAAGGAGGGAAAUCUCCAGUGCAAAAUUCAUCCUCGCUUAUCGAUAAAGCUUCCGCGUUUGUUGGUGUAGUCCAACCCAGUGCACGUCCUACAACUUCUUUCACUCCACCACUUCAAUCCACCACCCACACUCAACCCAUCACACAGACACCUUUGAAAAAUCGCUCGAGUUCAUCGAACUCAACCUUUACAGAAAUGAAAAAUGACAGCUCAACAGAUCCCUUUUGCACAGGACGGACGGCUUCAAGCCCUCCGAACCUGGCAGCAAGCUCUCAAAGUUUCCCAGGUCCUGUCGCUUCGGCUCUCACUUACAUCCCUCGGUCUAUUCCAGCAAACCGAGAAAUGGUCCAGGACCCCAAGAGAUAUCAAGUGCUAGCAAAGCCAACAGAUGGGAGCUUCUUUAUUGACUUGAUGUUCCAUCCCCUAACAUGCCGGAAAAGCGGAUGUCAAAAGGUAUGCAAUCUGUACGAUGGAUCAACGGUAAUCUGCCCAUGCUGUGGGCCAUAUUCAAAAACCAGAUACUGCUGCCAAGAUCACCUAGUUCUCGAUCUUCAGAGCCACUGGGGCUCCGAAAAGCUGACCUUCAGACACUAUUGCGUUCCAGAUUCUAUCCCACACGACGUCCGCGAAGGCAUCCCCUUGCUGAUCAACAUCCAUGGCUGGGACACACCUCAACGCCACCGACAGGCUGUUUGUUUCAAUACCUCACAUAAAGCAGCUGACUAUAUCGUUUUUGAUUACAGCAACCCCAACGCCACGGAUCAGGAGAACCCCUACGCACAGCAGGAGAUAUCUGUCCUGCCUCUCUAUCCUCUCAAGUUCGACGACCCCGAGGAGAAAGACCGAUUCCGCAGAUGUCUGGCCAUCAGUCUCUUUGCUCCCGUGACAAAUUCUAGAUUGGUCGAGUACUUCUUUCGCCUGGUAAGGGACAAGAUGAAGAGUCUUAAUCAAUGGGAUUACUACAACGCAGCCCUUGUGCAGGACCAGAUCUUCCGAGAAACCGGCCUCGACUUCCCUCCAAAUACCGUGGGGCCCAAACACGCCUGUCAGACAGAAUGGAACGGCAAAAACCCCAACCACUGCCAGAAUGCAAUCUGUUCCAGUGAACGUCUACAAUAUCUGCUGGGGGACCAAAGCACGAGAGUUUUUCACCGAUUGGAAUGCGAACGAUUGGAAUCUCUGCACUGGAUCUUGCGUGUCAACCGAACUACUCAUCCAAAAGUGAGUAAGGCACAAGAUCGAAUGCGCGGUGUAGGCUUUGACGAAGUGUUACCCAAACACCAGCGCCUUUUCCGACGCGGUGAGCAGUUUGAAGGGGCAGGAUCUGGGCCGAUUGAACUUGAAGGGGUCAAUUGCUGA